UGGAUGGUAGCAAAGAUGAGUAUCUACUUCGUGUAGCUGUUGUUUGUAACGGUUCGUAAUAGUUUGGCCUUGUAGCUCUACAGGUACACAACAGUGUAACAAGUCAUACCUAACAGACAUGGACGAAGUGACAGGAGCUGAGCUGAUUGCAGAGUCGCUUAAGACUCAGAAAGUGGACUACAUGUUUGGGAUAGUUGGUGUCCCUAUAAUGGAAGUGGCCAUGGCUGCUCAGGCUGCAGGGAUCAGAUAUGUGGGAAUGCGCAACGAACAAGCGGCAUGCUAUGCAGCAUCUGCUAUUGGAUACCUGACUGGGAGACCAGGUGCCUGCUUGGUGGUGUCUGGACCUGGACUCAUCCAUGCUCUGGGUGGAAUGGCCAACGCUAACAUGAACUGCUGGCCAGUGGUUGUUAUCGGGGGCUCUUCGGAUCAAAACCAGGAAACAGCAGGAGCCUUCCAGGAGUUUCCCCAGGUGGAGGCGUGUCGCCUUUAUAGCAAGUUCUCAGCAAGACCCAGCAGUCUGGAAGUCAUCCCUUCAGUGGUAGAGAAGGCAGUUCGCACAAGCAUGUAUGGGCGUCCAGGUGCUUGUUAUGUGGACAUUACAGGGGAUAUGGUCAAUGCUAAAGUGGACAGGAGCAAAGUCAGAGUUGUGUCCUGCUGUCCAACUCCACCAGUGAGUCUGGCUGACCACAGUGCAAUCACUGAAGCCAUCUCUGUCUUGAAAGCAGCUAAAAGACCCUUAAUUGUCAUUGGCAAAGGAGCAGCAUAUGGCCGAGCAGAAACCGUUCUGAGGCAGUUUGUGGAAAUCAGUGGUCUGCCGUUUCUGCCCACCCCGAUGGGGAAAGGGGUCCUACCUGAUGAUCACCCCAAAUGUGUGUCUGCUGCCCGCUCGAGAGCUCUUCUCCAGGCUGACGCUGUGCUUCUGCUUGGAGCCAGGCUGAACUGGAUCCUGCAUUUUGGUCUGCCACCUAGAUUUGACCCCGCUGUCAGGGUCAUCCAGGUUGACCUUUGUGCUGAGGAGAUGGGGAAUAAUGUGAGGCCUGCUGUUGCUCUCCUGGGAGACAUCAAUGCUAUUGUCACUCAGCUCCUGGAGUGCGUCCGUAAAGAUGGCUGGAAAUAUCCCUGUGAUACAGAAUGGUGGAGCGUGCUGAAGGACAAAAUUGCUGCUAAUGCCAAACUAUCAAAGACACUCGCUCUUCAGUCAACAGUGCCCAUGAACUACUACACAGUGUUUCAUCACGUGUCCCAGCUGCUGCCACAUGACUGUAUCAUUGUCAGUGAGGGUGCAAACACUAUGGACAUAGGACGCACUAUGUUGAACAACUACCUACCUCGACACAGGUUGGAUGCUGGUACGUUUGGAACAAUGGGAGUGGGCCUUGGUUUUGCUAUAGCGGCAGCCGCUCUGGAGAGGAGCGAGAAUAAAGGCCAAAGGAUAGUGUGUGUGGAGGGAGACAGUGCCUUUGGAUUUUCCGGCAUGGAGGUUGAAACCAUGUGCCGGUAUAAUCUACCUGUGGUCAUCAUUGUGGUAAAUAACAAUGGUAUUUACAGUGGAGUGGAUCCUGAGACGUGGAAAGAAAUGGCACAAAUGGGAGAUCUGACCUCUAUAGCCCCUCCCGUGACCCUCCUACCUGAGGCACGCUAUGAUGAGGUCAUGACAGCGUUUGGAGGUCGAGGGUUCCUGGUGAGGACGGUGGAGGAGUUGCGCAGUGCUUUACAGCUCAGCUUGAGCGACUGGGAGAGACCAAGUCUCCUAAAUGUGCUUAUCGAGCCCUCCUCCGACAGAAAACCGCAGGACUUCCCUUGGCUCACACGCUCCAACUUAUAGACUGAAAGGGGAAUCUUCUUCCUCCUCUGUCCAGAACAUUAUCAGAACAGAAGCGACAGUUUUCCUCAGAAACUCGAACUGGGGAAAUGUAAAGCUGCUUUUGUUUUUUUGUUUUUUUUAUGAUUGUUUCCAUGAAAUAACUGAAUAUUUUUUUAUUGAUUCUUAGUACACAGCAGUAAUUAAAAUGAA